UACAAAUUUAAAAAUGAUAGGCUGCUUUCCAUUCUAACGUCUCGCUUUGUUCAAGUGUAUCUCGACCCUUCGCACAAUGGCGCGUACGCACGAGCUCGGGCGUGAACGCGCCCAGUCUGGACUGCCGUCUGGUCACAGUCUGCAACUCGGGAAGCGAAUAGGAGGGGCGAGUAUUGGGGAUGCCACGGGAAUGAUCCAUUAACCCCGCAUAAACCCACAUCCGCAUUUAUGGAUUAGUUUCUCCUGAAGUGUAGAGCGUCAUAUUUAUUGUUUCCGUCCUCACUGAAGUUACUUAAAUACCCCUGACUGCUCUUAUUCACUUUGCACGCGGACCACAUGACGAAGGACCAGAGAUGUUCUGAAUGAACGGAGGAUCUGGCAGCCUUUCGAUAACAAUGCUGGAGAACUUGAGCGGAGCCCACAUUAAUCGACCCGUCCCUAGAUCAUCCACGUUCAGCUUCUCUGCCCUGUUUGCUCUGCCACACCAUCUUCUCAUGGAUGGGAGCAGUCAUCCAUUCAGGAGGACUCUGUACCGCUUAAAGUUGGUGAGUUCUCCAAAUCUGAGUCAGCUGGGGAAAAAUGAGAAGGCUUCAUUGGAAGAGAGAGGAUCAGGCCCUAAUGCCACAUGGAACAGCAUUCACAACGCAGUUAUUGCUGUAUUCCAAAAGAAAGGACUGGCAGACAAUGAACUCUAUACGCUCAAUGAAGGCGUGAGGCAGCUAUUGAAAACAGAGCUGGGCUCGUUCUUUACUGAAUACCUCCAGAAUCAACUUUUAACAAAAGGCAUGGUCAUUUUACGGGACAAAAUAAGGUUUUAUGAAGGUCAGAAGUUAUUGGACUCUUUGGCUGAGACAUGGGACUUUUUCUUUUGCGAUGUUCUCAAUAUGCUUCAAGCCAUCUUCCACCCAGUACAGGGGAAGGAGCCGUCGGUGCGUCAGCUGGCCCUGCUGCACUUUCGUAACACCAUCACCCUUAACGUGAAGCUCGAGGAGGCUCUGUCCAGACCACGAGCCCGUGUUCCUCCCUCCAUCGUCCAGAUGCUUUUAGUGUUACAGGGGGUUCAUGAAUCCAAAGGUGUGAGUGAAGAAUACCUGAAGCUGGAGUCUCUGAUUCAGAAGGUGGUGUCUCCGUACCUGAGCACGCAGGGACUGUGUUCACAUGAGUGUGGCGCAUCUCACUGCUCGUGUGUGAUCGAGAGGCGUUUGCAGUAUUGCUGGUCCAAGUCUGCAGACCUGCCCUCCAGUAACCCAGUGGUGCGCUCCAAGAGUUACAACAUCCCCAUGCUGACCCCCGUGGCCGAGUACGACUCCGAAGUGAGCUCUGUGGGCAGCGUGGGCAUCCGGCGCCACUCCGCAUGCGAUGUCACUUCCUGCAUAGAGCACCAGGGCUAUUCGGCCCUGUCUGUGGGAAUAGAGACCAGCUCGACCCCCAGACUAUCCCUGGAUCACGAGCUCACCCUGUCCGGCGUGGUGCGAGGAGCCACGGGACAGCCCUCGCUAAUUUCUCCGCCCGUCUUCAUCCACACCUCCGCGGGGUGUCUGCACGCACCGGACGCCCAGGUGGCUUCACCCGAGGUGGACAAAGGCCUUCCGUCACCCCCGAGCUGCUCCUCCAGUCCGGAGACCAUUGUAAUGCAGGGGCUGGACUCACUGGAAUCGGAUCCUGACGGAGUCUUCAUCGACUUUUCCCACUGCCGCUCCGAUUCUUUUGGAACAAGCAGGAAAACUAGCUGAUGGAAUUAAUUGCUGUGAAAAAUCCAUUUCAGAUGAUUGAUCAUAAACUACUACUUUUUUUUUCUUUUUGUGAACUUGUGAAGUAGCUCUGUACCGUAUGUAUUUUUAAAAAGCCGAGGCUGCUUUGCGGAAAAAUGGGAGAGGACUUUGUUUAAAGCAAUUGUUUUCAUAAUGUUCUAAACCUGUGAAUUUUUCUUCAUAGUUUUUCAUCGAUAAUAGUCGAUUUUAAUUCGUAUGCAUUUUACUGUCUCUCAUUUUAUGUUUAAAGCUGCAGUCACAUUUACUGCUGGUGAAUUUUCAUGAGGAAAAUCCAGUCAUUUCAAUAGGAAUCCAUCUUUACAUUAUUGACAAUUGACCUUUUUAGUUCGCAAAAUGUGACUGCACCUAAAGUGAGCUUGUGUUAUGAGGUGACAGUAUCACUAAAUGUAGAAAUCUCUUCCAUUACUGUCACUCUUAAUCUCAUGCACUAUUUAUUGUCAUAGGGCUUUUAAAAACUACAUUUAGUGCUUAUAAAUCAUUGCCAAUCUAACCUGCACUCUUAAUGGUAUAAAAUGAAAUGUAUCUCUCAAUUUGUGAGAAUAACUAUUGCUAAUGACAAUACAGUGCAGAACAUUGUAUGUUCUCAAGCUUGUUGAUAUUUUAUGUGAUGAUUAUGAGCUGCCAGAGAGAAAACAGAGUUUGCUAAUUGAAUGUUAACAAAAACUCCCUUUUAGCUAGUUGAUAAAAUAGUUCAAAUGCAGGAAAAAAUAUGUGUUAGAUGAGACUGCAUAGAAAAUGUAUCUUAUUGGCUACAAGAUGUUAUUUAAUAAGGUAAUUUUAUAUAACAUUUGCUUAAAUUAAAAAGGCCAUUGACUGAUUUCUUUAUAAUUAAAUAGUUAAUUUAAACUGUUAAAUAGCCGUAGGCAUAAUUGGAUAAAUGUAUAUUCUAGAAUAGAAUAUAUGAAACAUUGUAAGGUAAAGAGUUGUUAUUUUUGUUUCUCUUAUUUUUAUGUAUGGAAGCUUUUUGACUUAGUUUAUAAAUUGAUCAAUUUCUCUGUAGUUUUAUAGAAAGAAAUUGAGCAUAGAUUUUUACACAAGGAACAUUUUUAGAAUUUUGAAAGGUUUACAGUGGUACUUUAAUACUUUGCACUGUCAUUUCUGAAGUCUGUGCUUUGUUUCAUACUGAAUUUGUUAUCAGCUUUCAUGUGUGCUGCUGUGGACAACCUCAACAAGAGUGAAUUUGUAGUAAGAUACUUUUAUGCUUCAUGUUUAUGACUGUUUCAGAGUGCAAGAGGAUGGCUCGGUUUUAUACGGGUCAGGCUCAUAUAUCUAUGUUUGUCUUUCUAGAUUUUGUUAUAAUUUCCUUUAGUCACUCUUUCGAUAAAAUGAACAGGUUUGCCGAGGAAAUAUGCGUGAAAACGAGAUAACUGGAGCUUGUAUUUGUUUACGUCCGGUGACGUUGAGCCGGAAGCAAGGUUUGAUUCGUGAAUGAAUCAUUCUUUUGAACCGAAUCUUUUGAAUAAAUAAGUUUAACCCUU